AUGGCGGUGGGAAGUGUACUUCUGGCACUUUGUAUGCUCAUUCUAUCGAUCAUCACUGUCGUCGGAAAUCUUGCGGUUCUACUCUCGUACUAUCUGGAUAAAAACAUUCGACAACCCACCAACUAUUUCAUUUUCUCAUUGGCCAUCUCCGAUUUGCUCAUCGGCCUCGAAGGAAUCCCAGUCUAUACGACAUUCUAUCUGAAUAACAAUGAAUGGAUUUGGGGAGACGUCCUAUGUGAUUUUUGGCUUUCCAUCGACUACAUCGUCUGUUUGGCAUCGAUUUAUACCGUACUUGGGAUUACUGUUGAUAGGUACUAUUCGGUGAAGAAACCAGCGACAUACCGAAACUGGAGGACUCCCGGUCGCGUCGUUCUCAUUAUCAUUUUUAUAUGGCUUGUUCCCAGCAUUCUAUUCUCGGUAUCGAUUUUCGGAUAUGGCACGUUUACGGGUGAAGGAAGGAUAUUGAAAUCGAACGAGUGUUAUGUGCAAUUCAUGACAAAUCCAUAUUUGAAUAUGGGAAUGUACAUUUCAUACUACUGGACCACACUAUUCGUUAUGCUUUAUCUCUAUUGGGGAAUUUAUCGAGCGGCGAAGAAGUUGGCAUUGAAGAGUGAUCAGAAAACCAAACGGCUCGCUCUUCUGACAGAAAUGCGACGACCCGAAGUCAGUGUUCGAACGAGUGACGCUGGAAACAGUAGCUCCGAUUCGCCAAAUGAUACAUCAAAUAGUAGCAAAUGUUUCCGAACUGCUCAACCGACGACUACAAUGCCAACGACACAAACAACUGCUGUUGGAACGCCACCGCCCGUUUUUCGGAAUCAUAUGACACUUCAUAAUAAUAAUAUUGAUUUUACAAAGGAUUUGGAGAUUCCAAGACCACCAACACCUCCGGAUGAGAAUACUUAUAGGUGGCAGCUAACCAAUGGAUUCUCUCGUCAAGAGCCAUCAUCUGUGAUCGAAAGAGAAAGUACAGCUCCGUGUGUUUCCCCAGAACCAUCACAAGCAUCACACGAAGAGAUGAAUACAGAGAAUCAUCAUGCGCAUUUUAAACCCGAACUCUCCUUGCCCUUUAUUGAUGCCGAUAGUGUGUCAUCCAUGAAGAGCAAUGAGUAUUCGAUUAUCGAGAAGUGCUCGACACAAAGAGGAAAUAUCGAUACGCCUGUUGUGGAAUUAAUUGAGAAUUUGGAUGAAAUUAUGAGUGGAAUUAAGGAAGAUCAAAAUGGAAAUGAAGAGAUUAAAGGAGAGCAAGGAGGAGAAGAAAAGAAGAAAUCAGGGAUUGAAAAUGGGGGAAUGCAUCAUGUUACAAUUGCUGCAGAGGAUGAACAACAGCCAUCGACAUCGAAAGAAUCAGAGCAAAAAGAAGAAACACCGCCGGAGAAUCACGAUCCAAACGAAGUGAAGGUUCCCUUAAUUGCCGUGUCUCGUGUGGAAAGUGUGAAAAGCACCGCCGGCGGAAAAGUGCGCCGUCUGAUAACCCAAAUGCGAAGUCACAGUAUUCGAAGUAAACGAAAACGGAAUAACAAAAAAGUGAGCUCCACCGCCCCCUACUACAGUAAUCCUUCCUCAUCAAAUCUCUCAAUUCCUCAAACACAAUCAAAUCAUCGGUUGGGUGGUGGUGUCCGGCGACAUCCGGUCACAAUUACUCUUCAAUUUCAGAGUGUAUUAUCGGCUCUUAACUUUUUUCAACGUAAAAAGGAAUACAAAUCGCGAUCAGAAAAUCGUGCUCGAAAGGCUCUCCGAACAAUCACAUUCAUUCUGGGAUCAUUUAUCAUUCUCUGGACACCAUUUUACGUUUUGGCAACAAUUUACGGAUUCUGUGAGACGUGCAAAGCAUCGCCAUCAUUCAAUACAUUAUAUACGAUUUCCUAUUAUCUGUGUUAUAUGAACUCCCCGUUGAAUCCAUUCUGUUACGCUAUGGCCAAUCAGCAAUUCAAGAAGACGUUGACCAGAAUUUUUAAAGGAGACUUCAGAAGGGUCUAG